AUGGAUAACGAAAUAAGGAAUGAGCGAAUAGGGCCGCUGCCUGGGGGUCGCCAGGGCGCGCCUGGAGCUGGCGCUGGGCGUGGCAGCAUGCGGGCCGCCAGUGCCACCAGUCGACCGGCGCUGCCACCUAGCCGGUCGACAUAUCCAUCAUCCCCACCAGAUGGCUUGGCUCCGACAGGGUCCACCAGGGCCCAAUCUUCGGCGCCCGCCGCUGGUGGUGUACGCCGCAUGCGCUGGACUUCUCUCAUGAACGAGAAUGUCAUGCGUGCGUACUACAGGGCGACAGGAGGGGAAACCGGACGGACUGGCUACCGAGCGGCAAUGUACCGCGAGUUCCUGCUGCUCGAGCCGAACUUAACUGUCACGGAACAAAACCUGGCAGACCGGGCUCGGUAUAUUCAGCGUUCUAACAUCUUCAACGCUACCGAGCUCGAACGAUUACGACGUGAGGCUGUCCCGGAAGUCUCAGCACCUACCGCAGAGCAAAUCGUCUCCCAGGCGGCGCCUGUCCGCGAGGAGACAAUUACCACGUCACAAGAUUUGCCUGUGGAGGAAGACACUGAGGGAACAGUCUCCCUUGAUAUAGAGCGGAUGAGAGGGAUUCUCGAAGAGGCGAUUUCUGAAAUCCGGAGCGCUCCUCUAGAGAAUCGUCCGCGGCUCUCCCGACUUACACUAAAUGUAGCGACGCGGGAUGUCAUUGAGGCCAUAAACAAAAUGCUGCCACAACAUCUGGAGAGCAGCACUGGCCUGGGUGAUACGGCUUCUAUUCUCUUCGGAGCGGCGCUAGCCGUGCACCGAUUCAUCGGUGCCAAGACUCUGGGGCCGCGGCGUGCUGCUGCUACAAGGCACAGCGCGGAACCGGCCUGGAAGAGGAGAAUAGAACACCGUAUCACUCUGGCUAGAGUCCUCAUUGGCAGACUGCAAAGCUUCAGGUCGGGCAACGCUAGGCCAAGGAUUGUGCGCUCUGUUAGAGUUGCGUUUAACGGGUGUGGGGUCAGGUUGGACCAGCCUGACAUCGCGCAAAAGCUAACAGAGCGCAUCGACGACCUGAAGCAGAAAAUCGCUGCAUGGGGGAACCGCAUCCGACGAUACUCGGCAAGGGUUGAGCGAUUUCAGCAAAAUCGCCUCUUCUCGAGUGAUCAGAAAAGGUUCUACAAAAGACUGGAGUGCCCAGCAGUCUGCUCUACCUCUCAGCGACCGGACCCGGCCGACCUAGUCACCUUCUGGCGGGGGGUGUGGUCGAGAGAGGUGGAACAUGAGGAGGGCCCUUGGAUUGCGGCGGUAGAGGAAGCAUGUGCCAGAAUAGAACCGAUGAGCCCGGUUGCCAUCUCUGCGGAGGAUGUAGCUGGUGCAGUAAGGCGGGCCCCGAACUGGAAAAGCCCGGGACCCGACGGACUGCAUCACUACUGGCUGAAAGGUUUUUCGGUUUGCCAUGCGACCUUGGCUCGACAAUUCCAAGAGGCUCUCGAGCAGAGGGCGCUCCCGAGCCUUUUCACUACCGGGAUCACUCACCUAGCUCCAAAGUCAACCGAUGCCACCGAUCCGGCUAACAUUGGUGAGUCCAUCUUGCUCGCAAACAUGUUCAGGAUGCUGUUGGAACCUGAGCGCAGUCUUUUCAGCAGUGAUGCGGACUUCUUCCGCAUUAUUGCAAAGAAGUCAUCAGUCCGCUCGUCUGCGAACAUGCCUGAGGCUGAACAGAACCGCGGCAAGCCCAACAGCAUCCUAAAACCAUUAUUAUACUGCACCCUUAGGGUGUCUAUGGCCUUUUUUGAAAAGUUGACCCACAAGCUUCCCGAGUAG